UUACUACUAAUAUUCUUCUAACGCCUCCAGGUUUAAAUAUAAUUUUUAGUUUUCAACCGAACUACUGUAAUCAUGGAUUUGAAUAAAUGGAUUUGGUUAUUUGUCGUCCUUUUUUCUCUCACAAUUCAACAAUGUGUUGCUGAUGAUGACGAUGAAGGGGAUGAAGAUGGUGGAAGCCAAGAUUCUGUUGCUCCAGAAGAAGAAAAUGGAGUUUUAGUUUUGACAGAUGACAAUUUCGAUGAUGCAAUUAAAGAUCAAAAUGUUGUUCUGCUAGAAUUUUAUGCUCCUUGGUGUGGUCACUGUAAAGCAUUUGCUGCAGAAUAUGAAAAAAUUGCUCAAACUUUAAAAAAAGAUGGCAUUCCUGUUGCCAAGGUUGAUGCGACUCAGCAUAAAUCCGUUGCAGGAAAGUAUGAUGUUACUGGUUACCCGACCAUUGUCAUUCUUAAGAAUGGAGAUCCAAUUAAAUAUGAUGGCCAGAGAACUGAAGACGCAAUUAUACAACAAGUCAAAGAAUUAUCUGACCCGAACUGGAAGCCACCACCGGAGGCUGUUAUCACUCUUACAGAUAGCAAUUUUAAUGAGGUUGUUGAUAACGCAAACAUUAUUCUAGUAGAAUUUUAUGCUCCCUGGUGUGGUCAUUGCAAAAAACUUGCCCCAGAGUAUGAAGCAGCUGCCCAGGAGCUCAAAAAAUCCGAUCCCCCUAUUUUACUCGCAAAAGUUGAUGCAACUGGUGAAACUGAAGUCGCAAAACGUUUUGAUAUCACUGGCUAUCCCACAAUGAAACUAUUUCGUAAGGGACAAGUUUAUGAAUACAAGGGUGGUCGUGACAAGCAUGGCAUUGUUACGUACAUGCAAGAGCAAAGUUCACCUCCUUCAGUUGCCAUGGCAGAUUUGAAGAGCACUAAAAAUUUACUUCAUCAUGCUGAUGACAUCACAAUUAUUGGAUUUUUCACUGGAGAGGAUGACCCUAGGUUGAUGGUUUUUCAGGAAGCUGCAAACAAUAUACGUGAAGAUUUCAAAUUCAGGCAUUCAUUUGAUGAAUCCAUUGCAGACCAUUUGGGCACUGAAUCUGGAAAUGUUGUUGUUGUACAUGCUGAACGUUUCCAUUCAAAAUAUGAGAAGAGCAGAAACAUUUUCAAGGUGACUGAUGAAACAAAGGCAUCUGAUAUUGAGGCCUUCAUAAAUGAGAAAUCUCUUCCUUUGGUUGGUCAAAGAAAUGGGGCUAAUGCCCGGAAACGAUACACAAAACGUCCUCUUGUCGUGGUAUAUUAUGCAGUUGACUUUGGAUUUGAUUACCGAAAAAAUACCCAAAUAUGGAGAGAGAAAGUUCUUGAAGUUGCCAAUGAAAUGAAGGAUGUGACAUUUGCAAUUGCGAGUGAAGAUGAAUUCAAUGAUGAAUUGCAAAAAGCAGGCCUUGGUGAUUCAUCUGAAGAUAUUAACGUUAUUGCUUUUGAUAAAGAAGAAAAAAGAUACCCAAUGGAACCGACUGAUGAAUUUGACAGUGAAGUUUUGUCAGAAUUUGUUACCAGUUUCUUGGCUGGUGAUAUAAAGCCUAAAUACAAAUCUGCUCCUGCUCCAAAGAAAAACACUGGGCCGGUCAAAGUAGUAGUUGCCAACAAUUUUGAUAAAAUUGUGAUGGACGAGUCAAAAGAUGUUCUAAUUGAAUUUUAUGCACCUUGGUGUGGUCAUUGCAAGAAGUUAGCUCCAGAGUACAAAAAACUUGGCAAAAAAUUGAAGGAUAACAAUGAUGUUGUCAUCGCAAAAAUGGACGCAGCAGCAAAUGAUGUUCCUCAUUCCAAAUACAAAGUUGAAGGGUUUCCUACAAUAUAUUGGGCUCCUAAGAAUUCUAAAGAUAGUCCGGUAAAAUACGAAGGUGGAAGGGAAUUAGACGACAUGUUAGAAUACAUUAAUAAACAUGCUACAAAGACAAAAGAUGAACUUUAACUACCGUACGUGUUAUAGAUUGUAGAGAUAAUAGGGAGAAAACAUCAAGUGAUUUAUGAAUAAAAGGGCCAAGAAGAAAUUUAUUCCUAUAUAAAUGAAGCUCAAUAUUAUUGACCAAAUUAUAUUUUAACAAGUGAAGCUUCUAAAACCUUAUCUGUAUUAUGACAUUCUACCAUAUGUAAUUAUAUAUUUGUAUAUUGAAGCCAUAUAGUGAAUAUGGAGGCAAUAUUCUGUUUAUUUCUAUGUUUUCGGAAAUUGAUGCUUUUCAGCUUGGAUAGUAAUUGUGCCAUAAUUAUUUUUAGUUGGUCAUUUAAUUAUUGAUUUUUCCUCAUCUGUGCAAAUUCUAAAUUACACAUACAAAAGUAACAAUCUGUUCUUACAUUUUUCUUAUUUAAAUUACUCAUAUAUUAUGUUGAAGCUUUACCUACUGAAGGUUCUUGUGUGUACACUAUAGCAAGCAUGGAUACCUUGUAUUACAUGUCUGGCUCAAGCUAAAUUCUCUACUUUUGAGGAUUUGUGUAUCAAAUUAUUUCUGUUAGAAUUAUACAUUACACUCUGAUUCAUUUUUCUAUUGAUUUCAAAUAGGACCAAUUCAAUGAUGUAUGGUGUUUAUAAGAAAGAGAUAAUGUUGAUGUGCUUUCAUUUGAUGCUGUCGAUUUGAAUAGAGUUUGGCAAGCAAA